AUGGCUCCCGUAGCAACCCUCCCCCAAGACCGCCGCCCAGUCGUGAUAUCCGGCCCCUCUGGCGUAGGCAAGGGCACGUUGUUCAAGCGUCUCUUCGACACACACCCAGAAUGUUUCGCGCUAUCGGUCUCCCACACGACGAGGUCGCCGCGCGCCGGCGAGGCCCACGGCGUCGACUACUACUAUGUCUCGCCUGACGAGUUCGAGGCUUUAGUGAAAGCCGAUGGUUUCGUUGAGCACGCCAAGUUCGGGUCCAACCGCUACGGCACCUCCAAGCAGACCAUCGCCGACCAGACCGCUAAGGGGCGUGUCGUGGUCUUGGAUAUCGAGAUGGAGGGAGUCAAGCAAAUCCAAAAGAGUGGCAUAGAAGCGCGUUUUGCUUUUAUUAAGCCACCUAGUUUUGAGGAGCUCGAGAAGCGCUUGCGCGGCCGAGGCACCGAAUCGGAAGAAUCUAUCCAAAAGAGACUGGACCAAGCCAAAGUUGAGCUCGAAUACGCGAAUACGCCGGGCGUCCACGAUAUAAUCAUCGUCAAUGACGACCUCGACAGGGCCUACAAGGAGUUAGAAGAUUUUGUUUAUAAGCCGCUCGCGUAG